AUGGAGAACAGCAGGAGAGGACCGCUGCGGCCGUGGAAGAAGGGCCCGAGCAGGGGGAAGGGCGGCCCGCUGAACGCUUCCUGCGAGUACCGCGGGGUGCGGCAGAGGACGUGGGGGAAGUGGGUGGCGGAGAUCAGGGAGCCCAAGAAGCGGACGAGGCUCUGGCUGGGCUCCUUCGCCACCGCCGAGGAGGCCGCCAUGGCCUACGACGAGGCCGCGAGGCGCCUCUACGGCCCAGAAGCCUAUCUCAACCUCCCCCACCUGCAGAGCAGCUUGGCAGCCCCCGGCAUGGGCAGGCCGCACCGCUUCCGCUGGUUCCCUUCGGGGGGCUUCUCCUCCAUCUUCCCCAAGUGCGGGUUUCUCAACCUCGGCGCCCAGCACAACGUCCACGCCAUCCACCGGCGGCUGCAGGAGCUCCAGAACGCCAAACCUUCCUCCUCUGUCGAGCCCCCGCUCGGAGCAGUGGGAGCCCGGCUGCAGAACUCGCCGGCCACGGCCGAGAAAGUGGACCUCCAGCUUGAGAACCACGGCAUUGCCGUCCCCGAGAAGCCCCAGAUCGAUCUGAAGGAGUUCCUCCAGCAGCUGGGCGUGCUCAGAGCGGACGAAACCAGGGAGCCCGCUGAGGAGGGAGUCGGCGUCAACAGCUCCACUCAUACGCCGCCGCCGCCGGCCUUCGAAACCUGCAGCGCUGGCGCUGACGUUGGCGGGUUCAGCCACAGUGAGUUCUCCUGGGACGAGCUGGUCGACAUGCGGGACUUGGAGGACGACAGCGGCCUCCAAGCCCACGACAUGCAUGAAGAAGUCGGCUUCCCGAUUUCUCUCUGGGACUUGUAG